AUGGCUCAGGAAGCUUCAGAUGCCAGAGGUCCAUCUAUGGCUGUUGCCAAGGAUCCGGAGCUGGACCUUGAAUAUCCCGAGGCUUCAAUUCAGGAGUCCACACAAGAAACGCAUGAACAGAAGAAGACUGCACAAUCCAUGUCUCGUGAUUUCGACGAAGAAGACGAGUGGGCUGAACUUGCGAUGACCGUGAAGCUGUGCCUUGCGACCGCUGCUCCCUCGGAGAAACUGCUGGAAGAGCACGUGAAGUUGGUUAUAGAAUCCCCGACAUCUGGCAUCCAAUCUCCCUUUUCCGCGAACACUGAAGGUUUCCUCUCAGAAGCUCCCACUAGCGCCUCUUCUCCUGCUCAUUAUUCUCCGUCCUCAUCGCCUCCGCGUGACGCGACUGCUGCUAAUCGCAUGAAGGUCGCUGCUAGCCUGGCAGCCUCUCGCCGUCAUGACGUCAUGCUGUGUCAUGCUGCGUGGCCAACCACCCAUGAGGCUCCUUCUGGAGAAUACGACUUUUUGGAGAUUUCCAUGGCGUCGAGCGCAAAGGGAAUAGGAUCUGGAGGUUCUCCCACAUCUGUUCUGGACGGUUCCCCAUUCAAGCCCUCCAACUGGCACAGCAGGAAACCGGAAGGAUCACUGCACUCUCUCAAUAACGAGCAGAAGCAGCAAAACCAGCAGCAGUCGACUGCACAAUGGCCGACUCCUUCCCCGCUGCUUCCCGCGCAGCCGUGCCUGCUGUUGCCAACUCAACGUGUGGUUGUGGAUGUGUCCUUCAGGCAGCAGUUCGAAGUGGCUCGCCCGACCCCUCGUUAUGCCGAACUUCUCUCUCAGCUUCCCUCCGUGUUUGUCGGCGGACGUCAGCGGCUCAAACCCCUCGUCACCGCCCUGGCUACUGCCAUGAACCUGUCACUCCAAAGCAGUGGAAUCGCGAUAGCUCCCUGGCGCCGUACUAAGUACCUCUUAAGCAAGUGGUUCCCAACAACAGAUGCUGGAACUGCUAUCCCUGAGGCUCGCACCCAGAUCCUACCAGAGAUGGUGGCGGGGGACCUUCCUACCCCUGUGCCAACCGUGCCCACGAACCUGCCAGUCGCGACGACUGCAGAAUUGGUUGCUGCUGCGGCCAUGAAAGCUGCUGACGCCUUACCUGGUUUUAUAGCAAUGCCUGUAGCUGCCGGUGUUGUGGACCACAUAUGCCAGAAUGGCGAGAAGGGGCUUGGCAAAGCUGGAAGCACCAAGGUUCCUCGGCCUCCCGCGGUGGCUGCGAAGCGUCGGCCUGCUUGCCGGGAAGGCUGUCUGUCCCUCUGCCUGCGCCUUCAGGAAAGGGAGGAGGGGGAGGUGUAUUGA